GUAAUAAUAAUAAUAAUAAUAAUAACAAUACAAUACAAUAGAUGUGUAGAAAUAAAAACAAACAGUAUUUAAUUGAUAAAGUUGAUAGAUUAGUAUUACCAGACAAUAUUAAACCAAAAUCGUAUAAUAUUCAUUUAGUUUGCGAUACCAAACAAUUUAAAUAUAAUGGAGAAGAAGAAAUAACUGUAGAUAUCACUCAGUCCACUGAUACCAUCGUUAUACAUUCAAUCGAUAUUGAAAUUCAACAAGCAGAAAUUUUAAAUCAAAAAGCUAUAUCCAUAGAAUAUGAUCAAGAUGAUGAAAUUGCUAUUCUAAAAUUUGAACAACCAUUAAAAGUUUCAAGUGAUUCAAAAUUAAGAAUUUUAUUUACUGGUAUUAUUAAUGACAAACUAAAAGGAUUCUAUCGUUCAAAAUAUAAUGCAGAUGGUGAAGACCAUUGGAUUUUUUCAACACAAUUCGAAGCUCCAGAUGCACGUCGUGCAUUCCCAUGUUUUGAUGAACCCUCUUUAAAAGCCACAUUUAAUUUAAAACUAACAAUUGAUAAAAAUUUAACAGCCAUCUCAAAUACAAUGGAAACAGAGAUAUUAGAAAACAAUAAUCAAACCAAAACUUUUACUUUUGAAACUACACCAAUUAUGAGCACUUAUUUAGUUGCAUUUGUUAUUGGUGAUUUAGAAUAUAUAGAGGCAUACAGUAAAAUUGAUAAGACCAGGGUACGUGUUUACAAAGGAAGAGGUGUUAAAGAUUCAAGUGAAUAUGCAUUAGAAAUUGGUGUUAAGGCAUUAGACUUUUUUGUAGAGUAUUUUGGUAUUUCGUUCCCAUUAAAAAAAAUUGAUCAUGCAGCCAUUCCAUCAUUUUCAUUCUAUGCUAUGGAGAAUUGGGGUCUAUUAACCUAUCUCGAUAUAUAUUUGCUAACAUCUGAUAAAACAACCUUGGUAAAUAAAAGAGAAAUGGUCGAUAUGAUUAGCCACGAAAUUAGCCACCAAUGGUUUGGUAAUUUAGUAACUAUGGAAUGGUGGUCUCAAUUAUGGUUAAAUGAAGGAUUUGCAAAUUUUUGUGGUUAUUUAUCUGCAAAUCAUUUAUUCCCAGAAUGGAAAAUGUGGAAAGAGUUUUCACAAAAUCAUAGAAACAAAGCCCUAACCCUAGAUGCAUUACAGAAUACACACCCAAUAGAAGUACCGGUAUACUCAACAUCACAAAUUCAAGAAAUAUUUGAUGAUAUUUCAUAUAACAAAGGUGCCUGUAUAGUUCAAAUGUUAGAAAAUCGUUUAGGAUGUGAUAGUUUUAAAAAAGCAAUCAAUCAAUAUUUAAAUAAACAUUCAUACAAGAAUACAGUAACUGAAGAUCUUUGGGAAUCACUAUCAUUAGAAUCAAAUGGUCUCGAUGUUAGCAAAUUCAUUAAUUCAUUCACUAAAGAGCCAGGCUAUCCAGUAAUUACUAUUGAAGAAACUGAAGUCGAAGGAACAUUUAAAUUAAAACAAAAGAGAUUCACAUUCGACAAAAACAGCAAUAACAAAACCAUUUGGAGCUGCUUCAUUAGAUUCCUCACAGAACAGGGCGAAUAUAGCUUUACAUUGGAAAAAGAAUCAGAUACAUUUACAAUUCCCAACUUUAAACGUGGUCAAUGGAUAAAACCAAACUACGGUCAAACAUCAUUUUUACGUAUCGACUAUAAUCAAGAGAUAUUGGUUCCAUUAGUCCCAAAGAUUAAAUCGAUGGAACUCUCUGCUGUCGAUAGAUUAGGUGUACUUUCUGAUCUCUUUAACGUCUGCAAGUCUGGUUCAAAAGAAAUCUCCCUAUAUAUGGAUCUACUUUUAAAUGCAUUUUCAGAUGAAACAGACUCUGAUGUUUGGACAUUCAUCGUCCAAACCAUCGGUGAAAUUGGUGACGUAAUCUUUGACCAACCAUACAAAGAGAAGUUCAAUAGAGCCGUUGUUACACUUUUAACUGGUAUUUCAAAUAAAUUAGGUUUCGAUCCAAUUGAAAAUGAAGAUUCAGGUAAUACAUUGCUUCGUAGUAUCGUCAAUACUAAAUUAGCACUUUUAGGUUACGAGCCAAUUGUAAACGAAUCAAAGAAGAGAUACGAACAAUUCAAAUUAGAUAAAACAUCACUAAACCCAAAUAUCGCAAAAUUUGUAUUAACAAGUGUUUUGCACAAUGGUGGUGAAAUCGAACAAAAAGAAAUCAUCUCUCAAUACUUGAACACCACAGACAUUGCUGAAAAGAUCCAAUAUUUACAAGUACUUUCAUACGGUAGCCCAACUGAACAACUAUAUGAAAAUAUGUUAAAGUUUUCAUUGACACCAGCCGUUCAAAUUAAUGAUACCCAAUUCCUUUGGAACACAUCCCACCCAGAGUUCAAAUAUGUAUCAUGGAAAAUGUUUACUGAAAACUUUAAGCAAAUAGAUACCAUCUUUAAAGACAACAUACUUUAUACCAACAUGAUUUAUCAUAUAUUUUCGAGUAAACUAUCAAAUGACCAAUUAAAUGAAAUUAACCAAUUUUUCACAUCCAACCCUGUAGAAUUAUGUGAUUGUGUAAUUAAACAAGAAUUAGAAAAAAUCAUAAAUAAUAACAAUUGGUUUAAUAAUUCCAAUUUUAAUUUAAAUAAUUGGUUAGAUAAACAAAAACUAUAAUUAUAAAUAAAUUCGGUU